AUGUCUGCGGAGAAGACUAAUGAAGAGAUCGUUACUCGUGGCUUUGUGAAGCAAUACUAUCAUACUCUUAAUGAAUCACCUCAGUUUCUUCAUAUGUUUUAUAAAGAUUCUUGUUUAUUUAACCGACUUGGUCCUUUAACCCAUGUCAAGAAAACUGUUUGGACUAGGAAAGACGUGAAAGAUGAGUUUCUGGCUGUGAAGUUUGAAGAUUUCACGGCUGAGGUUGAAUAUUCACUUGGUGUACCAUAUCCAAUGGAACAUGGUCGUAUUAUUGUGUUCGUCAGUGGACACUUGACGAGGAAGAAAGAUAACGUGAGGAACAAGUUUAGUCAAACGUUUCUUCUGGCUCAACAAGACAACGCCUUCUGUGUCGUUAACGAUAUUUUCAGGUUUAAAAAAGGGCAGACACAGACCCAGACGUGUUUUUUAACUGAGACUGAGUCAAUGUCGGAGCCUGAACGGGUUGCUUCGCGAUUGCCACUUCCUGACGAACUAAUUAGGGAGCUCAGUUUCACUUAG